AUUGCAUUUAAUGUCAUAUCGUUGUCGUUGUGUGAUUCUGCCUUUUGCCUUGUGUAAUAAGUAUUUAUAUUGUUUGUUGUGUUGUUGUAAGGAAACAAACGUUCUUAAUAUACUUUGAAGAUAAUUCUUAUUGGAUUAUGUUAUGAAUUAUCAUGUGAUAUGAUAAGCGUACAGUUGAGUCGAGUCGACAGUUUUAAUUUACGAUUGCCGUGUAGAGACGGUCAUGGUCUUUGUACGUAAUCUAUUUUUUUUUCUACUUAAAUGAUAUUCUUUAGUGAAGUAAGUGAUUUUAUGAGUUGAUUAUUGAGUUGGUGACACAAUAUGGGACAAAGUUCUAGUUCAGUGACGACUGGCAGACGAAUCCCUAAUACUUCAAACAGGAGGAUGGAGAGACAUAAUUCCAUUCGAAGUCUUUUGAGACGAAGUACGAAAAAGAGAAGUAAACUUAGUCAUACAUUCAAUUUACCUUCGUCGAACGGGUCCGGAUGCUCUACGGAGUACCAGGAGCAAAUGAAUGUGAACACAGCUACUGAGGAGCAACUUAUGACUCUGCCUGAUGUGAGCAGACAGCUAGCACAAGAGAUAGUGCGACACCGGAAGGUGAUAGGAGGUUUUAAGAAAGUUGAUGAUCUUGCACUUGUCUCAGGUUUAGGUGCUGAAAAACUAGAAUUAUUAAGGCCCGAAAUAUGUGUAAAGAAACAAUUGUCACGUGCAAGCUCAUGCACACAGUCACUAGAUAGUGUAAGAAUAACAGGCGAGAGUAAACUAUGCUCCGUAAACUCUUCCAGUGUAUUCCAAUUACAAUGCGUACCUGGCCUUAACCAAGAAAUAGCUGCCAAUAUAGUAGACUACAGAAAUAAGAAAGGACCCUUUAAGUCAUUGGAUGAUUUAAUAAAAGUAAGGGGAAUGGACAAUAUAAAAUUGUUAAUUGCCAAACAGCAUUUAAGUUUGGAGUUAAGAAAGUACGAGAGUAUGCAGACACUGAUGUACAGAAGUGCGAAUGUUAACGGUUGGACAGAGCAAACGUCUGUAAGUGAUAUGACACCAAACGGAGGAACAAGCACACCAAAGAGUAGGUUAACUACGACAAGGCUACCAAAUGGUUUCGCUACUGCACCAGUCAAUGACAUUCUAGAGUUGCUCUCAGCGUGCUCCCACAGACCAUUGCCUGGAGAAAUGUUUAAUUAUGAGCGAUGUGGAGUUAGAUGUUGCCGAUUGGCAUCAUGGAAUCUUCACCAGCUCAGUUUAGACAAAAUAUUCAAUCCGGGCGUGAGAGAAGUGGUCUGUCUGACUAUUUUAGAAAACAAAUUAUCACUAGUAGCCAUACAAGAUGUGAUAGACAAGGGGGCCUUGAAAGAAAUCUGUGAUGAACUGAACUCGCCGGUGUUGCGACGAGUUAGAGAGUUUCAGUGCAAUAGUCGUAAUUGGGAAUAUUGCAUACCCGAGCAAAUGGAGAGUGAAAAUUUAGGCUUUAUCUACGACGCUGGAGAUAGGGGUAUAAAGAUUGAGCAUAUAACCGGCGACCAUCCUUGGAACUCCCGGCCCGAGGCGAGCCCCGCUCGGAGGCUAGUUGUGGAGUUAUCAGCAUUGAGUAGCAAACGAUUUACCAGCACUUCGGAAGUAUUCUUAAUCUGCGAGAGGCCGGUAGUUCUGAUGAACAUGCUCUGUACGGAGCGUUUGAACGAUGAAGAGUGCAUCGCUCUACAACGGGUGGCUGAGUUGGCGCUGAAUUCCGGGGUACAGCUUGCACUGGUCGGGGAAUUCUGUUCCUGGGACAACGUUCAAUCUCUACCCACGUAUGAAUCGCUACUGAACGAGGAUGUUAAAACGAGCGUCAACUCGAAAAAUACAAGCCAAAGUUCCAUAUUAUGUCCAGGGCCCAUAGACAAAUCCAGUUUCAAUGGAUAUUCAGGAGCCAUCAAGUCUGGACUCUGCCAUUUGGCGAUACCACGUGACUGGUCGUGGGGCGGCCCAGCGUCGCCAUUUUGUCCAAUUUGGGCCGAACUAAACGUCCCAGAUUGACGAAUGACGUCAUCGGAUCAUGGUAUAAAUAAUUUAGCUUAUUAUAUACAGUCAGCUAUGCUGAUUCAAUGCCUUGUGUUGGUGUUUUUGCAAUUAUUCUUUUUUAAUUGAGGUUAGGCGGCCAUCUUUGAUUUGUAAAUUUGCCGCCCUUUUCGGACAUAGUCACAAUUUAUUCCGUCGUGUGUCUUAAUUGUUGUAUCUUUCGUUUAGUAUUUGUGAUAUGAAUGUAACACAUUUAUUUAUUGUAGGCAUUAUAAGUAAAAAAGAUCUAAGAAAAUGUAAGUUACUUAAAUAUUUUUUUUAUUAGAAUUCUUAUUUAUCAAAUGGAACUAUUUUAUGGAGGAUAUCUACAGUUAUUUUAGCAAUUAUAGAAUGUAUCACAACCGUACCUAUUAUUAGUGUUAUUGUACGAUAGUACGUUAAUAUAAUUUAUGUAAAUAGUAUGUAAUAUUAAAUAUUCCCUCACUAAUUCAAUUUAUUAAUAUUGAAAUAACAUUAAAUCCAAUAUUGUGAAUCCAUUAAAUAGUUUCAAUUUAUGGAAGACUUAUUUUUUGAAAUUCUUUUUUUUUUUUAUAUAAUAAAUUAUAUUUUUUAUUCAAGUAACUUAUCUUCCCCGCUGAUAACAUAAAAGCAGCCAAAUUUUCUACUUCUAAAAAACAAAUAAACCUAAUUGUUGUACUGAAUUUUUAUAAUGAAUUUAAAUCGAUGUUCUUGAAAAAGCCCCUUGUACGCGCCCAUUUACUAUUUAAAUUACAGAUGCAUUUCCACUAAUGCGAUUGGAUGGUAGAGACCGUUAGGUGACGCCGGAUGUAAGCUAAUAAUGUUCUUUAUUAUUAUGCAUUAUAAAUGCAUAGCAAGCUUUACCGGGCGGCCUCGCUGUCAAGAGGAUAGCCUGUUAGGCACACUGCACAUUGCAUAUUGUAUUAAAUUUACAAAGAAUCAUGACCCACGCGGGGGUCAGGGAUAAAUAAAAAUAACUAAACUUGGGUCACGGCAAAUAAAUCAGUGUGUUUAGUGCGAGUUGUGCAAAGAUUUAGUUUUUUUUUAAUGGAUGAAAAUGGAUUGCUAGCCCCGCCCCGUUUGCGCCAUCGGUACACGUUGGCGAGGCACCAAUCACAGUUGACAGGUGAUGAUAAAAGCAGGUCAGUUAUAAAGGAGUCUUAUAAGGGGGAAAGGGAUUGUUAGUAAUGGAGACUGAGAAUUCUAUUGCUAGCAAUAUACCCAACCAGGUCGACCUCCUCGCGGUUCCCCCUGGAAACUAUCAUGGUUAAUUCCUGAUGAAUUCAUCAUGAUGAGCUAACUGGCCUGUUUUCAUUCUCAUCUAUCACCCUUCACUGGUGCUCAGCCAGCGUAUUCCGUUAGCGCAGGGCGGGGUUACCAUACCAUUUUCACCCAUCAAAAA